AUGACAAAGCCGCAUGAAUAUAGAAGCCUGCCAGAGACUCCUCGAAAUCAGUUCCGCACGCCAAGAAGACCGAGUCCACGAGGUCUUCCAACAACUGCCACGAAAAGCAUCACCGCGCGGAACCGGUCACCACAGUCAUCGACAUCGGCAAGCGCUCGCAAGCGAACAUCGCUGCCACGCGUCCAAUCGACUCUCACGCAAAUUGACUUUGUGACACAGCCCACACCUUCGAAUGAUGACCAGCUCCGCUACAUCGACGAACCCAGACAUCGCGACGAUGCUGAAGACACAAUUGAGCGGCCAAAUGUAGAUGAUAGGUCCGACAAGGAUUCAGACUGUCUCCCCGCUCCACCAGUUCGGUCAGCUCGUAUCUCGAAAUUCAAGAUGAGCGAACGAGAGCGUGCUUCGGAGGAACGCCCGCAGAAGCGGAGGAGCUCUGGAAUUACCGAUCGAGAUGCACACCGGAGUCAUGGGCCAAGAAAGAGUGAGACACCAAGGGCGAGUGUCCGUCCUAGGAGCGGGCGAAAAUCUCUGGAGAAGUCAGCGGGAAAGCGGGACAAGACAUUAACUCAGAUGGACUUCGUACGACGUUACAUUACCAUUGAUGAUGAUGAUGAUGAUGACGACGUGAACAUGGGAUAUAUCCAGCCGACACCGCAGAAGAAGGGCAUAAAAGAUGAACAGACAGAGUGCACGAAUAAGUUGAACCAAUCACAGCCUACGAAGCGUCCGACCUCCAAACGAAAGCGCAGAUCUCUCGAAGAGCUGGAUCUGUCAACUGGUGAGCCUGUAUCUCAGCAAAAAGAAGCUCAAGGGUUGAAUCCUGGAAGCGGAGAUGAGGGCACGCGGGCAUCUGCAGCUCCUGUUACACCGCGGAAGCUUCAGACGCGCGAGAUACCUUCUUCACAGACGCCCGAAAGCCCUGGUCUCGCUAUUAUAACAUCAUCUCAAUUUCGCAGCGCUACUCGCUCUCCUGCAAAACAGAACCCCUUAAACCCGACGAAUAAUCUUAUGCGACCUAUCAAAGAAGAACCCCCGGAGGUUCGGCGAGUAGUCGAGGAUUCACAAGACCCUGGAGGUGAAGCUUUACCACGGGCACCGACACUUGAUUCUCCAAGCAACUAUAGCAAUUUGAUCCAUCCUCAUCUAACUACUACUGAGGAAUUCCCCUCGUCUGCACCUCCGACCGAGUCAACUUCCCAGGAUUUCCUCACCGAGGCAAAUGGGAACUCGACAAGUGAACCCACCAGGAGGGAGAGAACAGUCGUUUAUGAAACGGAUGCGGAUUCGGAAUACGGAGACUUUGAGGAAAACCUCAAUGGACGUUCCGUGACACCAUCUCCUAAUAAAGCACACCGAGAAAUGGGUCCACAGGACGGGUCACAGGCGACCCAACAUAGCCCAGAGUCACCUAAGGAUGAUUCCCAAGGACUUCCUCUACCAGUUGUGCAAUCGAGCCCUGGAUUGGAUGAUGCCCCUCCAUCUGAAGCUCCAAUGUCUGAUGCCUCAAUAUGCUAUCAAAGAAUGCACGCAGCUACACAAUUCCCGCACGAGCCAAUCCCAACGCUGAAUACGCAGAAGAUGUCCGAGCUUUUCCCUCACGGAGGCAGUAGCCAGCACACGAAUUUGGAGGCAUGGAGGCCUUCUGUUCGAAGACAGGAACCGGGGCCAUUUUCGCAGGCACAGACACAGAGCCAGGAAGCCUACAAAGAGUCUACUGAAAUGGUUCCCGAGUCAUCGCCUAUCCGGGAACGAGAAUACGGAAUCGAUUCGGGCGAUAGUCCGUUCCAACGACCUCGUGUUCCUGGCUCAGUAGUCCAAGUUGAGUCCUCGCAGGCGGUGGAUCGAGAUCCUCAACGGCAGGGCCUGGUCCUUUCUCGGAGCCAGCUUCUUACAUCGAGCGUCAUGGAGAGCAUUCCGCUCCCGAACUUUUGGAUGGGAAGCCAGGAUAGUGUAGGAGAGCCUUAUAGCUUACCUGAAGGAUGA